AUGUCAUAUCCGCCGAGCCCAUAUGCUUCCCAUUCAGCUCCUCGGCGGGAGGCGAGAAGGGUCAUCAGGGCAAGGCCAGCGACCGCACCUCCUCCGCGCUCCAUUGGGGAGCGACUCCAUGAAGUCGUCUUUGUAUUCGUUCUCUGCCUUGCCCAGUUCCUCUCAUUGGCUGCGAUGAACCAGACGGUUGCGCCCAUGUUGAUUCUCGCCGACUUUUUCGACAUCCAUGACUAUGGCAAUCUGAGCUGGUUUUCAGCAGCUUUUAGCAUGACUGUUGGAACAUUUAUCCUACCCGCUGGAAGACUGGGCGACAUCUACGGGCAUAAGCGCAUCUUCAUGGCCGGGUGGGCGUGGUUUGCGCUCUGGUCGCUGAUCGCGGGCUUCUGCGGCGAAGCGCAGCUCCUCUGGUUCAGCACAUGUCGAGCCUUUCAGGGGAUUGGGCCAGCACUGCUGAUUCCCAACGCCAUUGCUCUCAUUGGACGUAGUUUUCCAGUCGGGCUCAAGCGCAACCUUGCCCUGGCGUGUUUCGGAGCUGCUGGGCCCACCGGCGCUGCGCUCGGAGCGGUGCUUGCAGCGCUCGUGUCCGAGAAGCUCUCUUGGCCUUGGUGCUUCUGGUUGCUUGCCAUUACCUGCUCAUGUCUGGUCGCUGUGUCUUGGUUCGUUAUUCCGGAGCCGGAAACUGCUAACGUUACCACGGAAAUUCGAGGCAAGCAGCCAAAACACGUGCAAGACGGGGUGCUUUUCGACUGGCCAGGGGCGAUAACCGGGGUGACGGGGCUGGUCCUCGUCAACUUUGCCCUCAAUCAAGCUCCUCUGGUGGGCUGGAGCGAGCCGUAUAUUCCGGCACUGCUCAUCUUGGGUUUUGUGUUUCUGAUCGCCUUCAUCUACGUCGAACUCCGCGUCGCUAGGCAUCCCAUCAUCCCUAUCCGCGGCCUUCAACGCCAUACAGUGCUGACGCUGACCUGCGUAUUUGCCGGAUGGAGCAGCCACGGCAUCUGGGUGUACUACCUCUAUCUCUUCCUCGAGCACCUACGAGGCCACAGCGCGCUGCUCACCUCCGCAGAAACUAGUCCGGUUGCUGUGACGGGCAUUUUCUUCGCCUUCCUCACCGUCUGGCUCAUGCGGCGGAUAUCCGUAUCCUGGAUCAUGCUCAUGUCAAUGUUCUUUUUUCUGCUCGGCAGCAUGCUCAUUGCAGUCAUGCCUCUGGAUCAGACGUACUGGGCCAACACGUUUACCGCCAUCCUCUUGAUGCCUGGGGCCAUGAACUUGUCGUUUCCGGCGGCGACUAUUCUGCUGUCUACAGAUCUGCCCAAAGAAAAGCAAGGCAUUGCGGCCAGCCUGGUGGCCACCGUCGUCAAUUAUAGCAUCAGUUGUGGAUUGGGGUUUGCCGGGUCCAUUCACAAAUACUCUCUCGAAGUCGCAGCGGCCAAAGCUGGCCUACGGGGGCCGCAGCCUGCAUUGUCGACCUCGGACACACGCCUGGUAGAGGUGCGGUUGGUCGGUCUGCGGAGCGCCUACUGGUUUGCAGUUGCGCUUGGAGUGCUAGGUAUGCUGAUUGCGGCGCUAUUCAUCGUCAUCCAGGGUGAGGCAGGGUCGGAGAAUGGGAGGGAAGAGGAGCAGGAAACCGGUGGAAACUACAGCAACAGCGUAAAGCGAGGUGCUGAUUGGAACAGAACAGACCUGGAGACAAGGCGGAAGAGGGGGGGUAUAGAGGUCAAAAGGACUUACUACCUUGGUAACAAAGUGAUCAGGGUGAGUGAAAGAGAGGACUUGGGGGUAUAG